UGUAGUGGAGUCCGUGGUGGAAAGACCGUUGGUUGUAUUGGCGUUUACACGCAGGGUGGGGGACACUCGCCAGCCAGUCAUGACUACGGCCUUGCCGCAGACCAAGUACUAGAGGCUCAAGUUGUAUUGGCGAAUGGCGAUAUCGUCACGGCCAACUCUUGUCAGUUCUCAGAUCUGUACUUUGCUAUUCGAGGUGGAGGGGGCGGGACUUACGGCGUAGUCACAGUUAAAAACACAGACUCACUCUUAGACUCGAUUACCGAUAGCUACCAGCAAUAUCCCAACAUCAUAGAUGCAGGAUUCUCCGGCUACGGUUCCUGGUUUAUCAACAGCCCUAAAUCGAAUCAAACAGCCAGCCAUAUACACGUUGUCGCCGCUAUGAACAAGUCCCUUGUCCAGUCUCAGAAAAGCUUCGAUGGACUUUUCCGGACAUUACAGAAGUACAAUAGCUCUUCACUUCGUAUAUUGGUGCCAGUUGGGGUUGCGUCGCCUAACUCGGCCAUGACAUCAAAAAUGUUCGGCAAAGCUGCUUUGACAACCAGUCGCACCGCCCUUCGCACCAUGAUUGGUACCACUGCGGGGGAUUCUGAGGAGUUUACAUUCAAUACCGUCGAGCUUGUCGGGGGCGGAAAGGUUCUCACUGACGCAUCUGACAAAUACUCCAGUGUCAAUCCCGCCUGGCGGUCCACCUACAUUGUCAACAUUGUGGCCAGAUCUUGGACUAAUCAUUCAUCUGCUGAAAUUGUCAAAGAUGAUAUCACCAAUAUUGAGGGAGGGGCUAUGAGAGCGCUCGACCCACUCCUCGGCAGCUAUAUGAAUGAGGCAUGGUGA